CAGAUAUACCUUCAGCUAUGUUCUAAGGCAAAUUCCCAAACAAGAUGGCGGACUAUGGUUACCGUCGAAAGAAAAUUCAAAAGUUUCGGAUAGAUUAAUGUUGAACUUAAAUCGGUGAUAAAUUAAUUAACCAACAAAAUUGAUCAUGGCCGCCACACAGCCCAUGACGAGAACUUUUGGCAUAAAUGGAACAAGAACAACAGGGAAACUGCUGGAUUUGCAACUGGUGGAACCUUCGAAGCCGAUCAAAGUUCCAAAUCAUUUAUUGGAUUCAAAGAUCUAUGCCAAGGUGGGUCAGAACCUAGUGGUGCAGGCCACGCCCUCUAUCAUCUACUAUGGUGGCUUUGAGCUGGGCAAGGUACACAAGGUGGAGCUCCACAUAGGUAAUGUGGACACAGAGGUGAUCAGGAUGCACGUCAUUCCACCACAAACCAAGUACUUUGAUAUCAAGUAUAAAAAACAGGAGCGUCUUGUACCAGGGAUGACACUAGACUGUGUGGUGGAGUUUAUUCCUGAUGAGUGGAGGUAUUACUAUGACUGCAUCAGGAUUAACUGCAAGAAUGAGGAGAACCUGGUGAUCCCUAUCCACGCGUAUCCUGUGAUGAACACAGCCUCUUUUCCAACCCACGUAGAUUUCCCCUCAGUUCCUAUAGGACAGCAAUUUAGCAAGACCAUUCCAUUAAAGUGCGAUGCGCCCAUUGAUUUUGAAUUUCAACUGAGCUUCCUGCAGCCUCACCCAACUUUUACAGUGGAGCCUAUGUCAGGCAUGGUUCCAGCCAAUGGUGAGGUAGAGAUCACAGUGACCUUUGCCCCCACGGAGUUUCUGACAGCCCACAUGAAGCUGCAACUGGUGAUCUCUCAGUUCAACUCCAAGCCACUGGUCUGUACCUUCACUGGUACCUCUAAACCAGGCCUGGCCAAGGAAAGAACAGAAAUGAAGCAGGAUUUGGAAGAACCAGAAGUGAAUGGAAUGCUGGACCCCAGGUCUCUGACCCCUGUAGAUAGGGCGCGCUCACGGAGAGAGAAAACCAAGACAAGUCGGUCCAAACCUUCCACAUCGAGAACGCUAGGCCCACCUCAGCCAAAGGAGGUUGAGAGGGAUGGUAUCCGUUUUCCGCCCAGUCUGGACACGCCGUACGCCAUUGCUCAGGUCCUCAACCAGCAGGCAGGAAAACUGAGGGUCAAGGACCUCAGAGACGCUAUUGAGGCUGCCAAAGAGAGCUCAGCGCCAUCUAGUAGACAAAUGAAGGAAGCAGUAUUUGAGCAGGCAGUGAGGAAGAAUGUGUACGAGGAGCGCCAGAACCAGCUGAGAUGGCAGGUCAAAGCGGGUGAUGACCCCAUUCCUAACAAGAGGAAGGUGAAUGUGCUGGGAGCCAGGGAGGAGGCCUGGAAAAUAUACAAGAUGCAGCGAGGUGAUCCCUUACCUGUAGAGGAAUACAACAGAACAUGUACACAGUGUACCUUCAGAAGAACAGUCAGGUAUUACACUUUGGGUAAAGAAGACGUGAAGUUCGACACAUUUGUCAACAACCCCUGGGCUGUCAGGCAAGCUGCCCUGGAUAAGUUUGCUCAAGCUGCAAGAACCGUGUUGGUCAGAUGCAGAGCUGAUAAUAAAAUCCGAGGUCUAAAAACCAUGGUCUUGGACUGGGGAAAGAAGAAAGAGAAGAAAGCAAACUCAGGUGAUGGAGAUGAGGAUGAGGAAGAGGAAGAAGAGGAGGAAGAGAGUCAGACAGGACCAGAAAUGUUACAGGAGACACUGCACUCUGAGAAGAUUCACAGGCAGAAGUUUCCUUACUAUGUCCCUCCUGAUAUCAAAGAUGAUAUGGCUCCAGAUGCCUUAGAUUUUGUCCCUGUGGAGCAGACUGAGGUGGAGGUGAAGAAGAAAGUCCCCUAUUACAAUCUCAAG